AUGUCUGCCUUCGUUGUGUCGUCAUUGACGUCUCGGAUCUCGAUAGUCUCCUGUAGCCCUUUGCAUAUCACUUUGGCUUCCUCUUUAAGGAUGUCCGCGAUGGUCUUUUGUAGGGCUUCGCCUCUAUCAGCACUCUUUCUCGAAAGUGUGAUCAGCAUGUCCACGGUAUUGGUCUUGUGGAUUUUCUCCACGGUCGUACGGACCUGUUCAUCAGGGACGGACUGCUUGAUUCAACGCAGGAUCUCGGCAUAUUUCUCCUUCUCGGCCGAGCGAAUGAUCAGAGCGUCGGGUCUGAUGUGUAUUGCUCAUACCGGGAUUUAUAUUGUUGUUAAUGAGCGUCAUGGUCUUGUUGAGAGCAGAAACCAAAGUUAA